CCGAUGUCCGCAGGCGCGAGUUUAAACAUGAAAAAUGGCGACGGAUGAAGGCGAUGAAGACGUGCAGCGAAAGAGCCACAUUACUGUCCAGCGGUGCAGUGAAGCGCCUCCACCAACACACACAGCUGGAAACUGCAGUGAAUCCCAGUUUGAACCAGUAUGGAAGGACCAGAUAGAGAAGCAUGAAGAAGGGUAUCAUUAUAUGACGGUCAUCCUGGAAGACUCAGAGUCAGACGACGAGGACCUGAUUCACUCUGACCUGGACGAUGGUGCGGAUUACCCCGAUGCAUGGAUGGAAGAUGAUGAUGAUGAUGAUGAUGAUGAUGAUGAUGAUGAUGAAGUUCAUACACCAGGACCAUCAGCAUCAGUCACUGCCCCCCCCCCUCCGUCACAGCGAGGCAGCUCUGGAUGCAGGUCUGCAGCCGUCCGUCAGCCAGAUGAAGUUGAGGACGAGGAUGAUGAGGAUGAUGAAGACUACACACCAGGACCAUCAACAAAGUCAGCAAGUCCGCUGAAGCGCCUUCGACGUGAGGAAGAAGAUAGGUGGCAUAACAGAGAGGAGAGAGAUAAGAGACCAGACCCUCUCAAGUUCACGCCCGCCAGGGACCCGGGUCCCACGCUGGACGCCACCGCCUCAUGGUCCCCCCUCUCACUUUUCCAGCUGUUUUUUAGCACCUCUGUUGUCCGCACCGUCAUCGCAAACACCAACGCAAAUGCUGCCAAGAGACUUCAGGCGGGACUGAAGUUUGUUUGGAAGCCCCUGACAGUGAGCGAUUUCUACAUUUUCCUGUCUGUUGUCCUCUUCUCGGGGCUUGUAAAAGUGCAUGACAGAGGGGAUUAUUGGAGGAAGGAAUGGCCGUACAACUUCCGAUUCCCCGGUGACAGGAUGACACGGGAUCGCUUUGAAUCCAUCUUAUGGUCGCUGCACUUGAGCAACCCAGCAGAAGACGAAGCCAACGACCGCAAGAAGAACACCGCAGAGUACGACAGACUGUUCAAGAUCAAGCCCCUGUACACGGACAUAGUGAAUGCCUGCAAAGCACACUUCCAGCCUUACCAGAACAUUGCCAUAGAUGAAAGGAUGGUGGCGUCUAAGGCUCGCAUAAGUAUGAAGCAGUACAUGAAGGAAAAGCCCACAAAGUGGGGAUACAAACUAUUUGUUCUUGCAGACUCCUCAACAGCUUACACAUGGAAUUUCUUUGUCUAUGAGGGGAAGAGUGCGCAUGUCCCAGGCCAGGGUUUGAGCUACACGUCAGUAAUGGACCUGAUGGCGUUCCCUCUCCUCGGUCGAGGCUACACACUUUUUGUCAACAGUUUCUAUUCCAGCCCUGCUCUCUUUGAGGAACUGUCCAGACAAAACACUGGUGCAUGUGGCACAAUCAGAACAAACCUGACUGACUUUCCAAAGACCAAACAGAACGAUUUACCAAAAAAUGCAGAGAGGGGAGAUAUACGGUGGAUACGACAGAACAAACUUCUGUUUGUCAAAUGGAUGGACACGCGUGAAGUGGCCAUUUGCUCUACUGUGCAUGAAGCGUACAGCGGACAGACUGUGAAGAGGAGGGUGAAAGAGGCUGGUGUUUGGCAAACCAAGAAUGUGACCGUUCCCGAUCCUGUUCUGGACUACAAUCACAGCAUGGGUGGCGUGGAUCUUUCUGAUGCUUUGAUCGGAUAUUACAGUGUGCACCACAAAACUAUGAAAUGGUAUAAGACCUUCUUUUAUCAUUUUAUGGACAUCGCUGUAGUCAACAGCUUCCUUCUCCACAAGGAACUCUACAAAAAGAAGAAGGAUCCCAUCAUGAAAAGACCGCUCACCCAGAAGCGCUUCAGGGAGAAAUUAGCUGCAGAGAUGCUGGAGUUUGCCAAAUCCUCGGCUCCACCUCCACCUCCAACAUCGACCUCCUGCAUGCCUGCGUACUAUGGAGGCGAUGGUACCCAGUCCAGGAGGUACUGCAGGAGGUGCCAGGACGCUGGCAUGAAGAGGGUGAAGACACCUGUGUACUGCACAAGGUGCCAGGUCCCUCUUUGCUGCACUCCUAAAAGAAACUGCUUCAAGGAUUGGCACAGCAGAUAAGCCUAAAUGACGGCAGCUGCCCCCCUUUCUUUCUUUUGUUGACCACAGGUAGAGGAGUGGACCUCAAAUCCACAUAUUUGGAUAUGCUGACUGUUAUUCAUUGUUCUAUUCUUAUAUACCUUUGUCCACCACCAUCCACAGCAGAGACAAAGUCUGGUCCAGGGCUGGAUCCAGAGGCUCCCUGAGGACUGGUUAACCUCUAGGCAGCAGAGAAACACCUGCACCAGUAUGAUAAGGAAGGUUAAAUCAAAUUUUACAACUUUAGCAUCUCAUAAGAAUUCAUCACGGUCACAUCUCCAAACCACGAAUCAAACAAGUACCUGGUCGUAUUUCCAAUAGAUCAUCCAGAGGUGAAGCUCUUAAUCACCAUUUCCUCUCCUCUGGUCUUUUAUUUAAUAUGUCUGCAGGUUCAACUGUAGACAGUAACCAUACCUGUCCAGCAGAGGGAGUCCCAACGCCUCAGCUUCCUCUGACUGCACAUUGUCUUUAUGUUUGGUUAGCAGUGCAGAUGUUCACAAAGCUCUGUUUAGGUUAAAAUUAUACAAAAAUACUGGUGCAGAUUAUCUUCACCCAUAUCUUCACCAUCUAAGUGCACCUUAAUCUGUCCACAUGCAGCUCAUGUUUUUAAUCAAACCUUUUUAUCUUUGUGGGAAAGCGAUUAAUGUCUCUGAUCUCAACAACUACUGUCCAAUAUUUAAACUUCCUUCCUUAGGGUUAGGUUACAACUACACACCUUUAUUGAUCCACUAAACUUACUACUGUCUGGUUUUCAUCCAGGUUAUCAAUCAGCUCUUCAUUGAUCUCAGAAGCAUCUGAUACUAUUGAUCUUAACAUGCUGCUUCAUAAACUACAGUCUGCUUAGAUGAAGCCUUACAGAGUGAACUCAGACUGUCCCAGACCCCCCCCCCACCCCUCCCACACAGCCCAGUUAUCACUCAGACUGGUUUUAAAUGUUGAGUCAUACAGAUGAUUCAGACUGUUGUUCAACAUUUGACUCAGAAAUUAAAAACCAAACUCGGCCUCUUGUGUAGAUUUAAAGGCAGUUUGUCGUCUUCCCACCGUGACACUGCUGUUGUAAUGGGAAAUUGCUGAUCACUCAAUAAACACACAAGAGAGCAUUG